UUUUUUGUUUAUAUCUGUAAUUUUUCUAUUAAUAUUGAAUAUCAGAUUUAAUGUGAAUGAAUUUAUGUUAAUUGUGUGCGAUCAUAUAUAAAAUUAAACAUGUACUUCGCGAUUGGUUGAGUAUUUGUUGUCAAUUCUUGGUAGGCUUAUUCUUUCCAUAGGAUUGGAGUUCUUUAUCAUAGUUUAUAUUCCUUCAGUUACUCCUUACAGUCUACAUUUAGCUUUUGAAGAGAAUUGACAGCUUUUGAAAAAACUCUAAUAUGCAUAUAAUGACAGGAAGUUUUUGGUUGUUGAGUUUUACUCUAAUAAUAAUGGCAAAAGCAGAAAAUAAAGCAUUAAGUACUGUUUUAGAAAGUACAAAUCAAUUCUCUUCUUCAUUAUUUCAGGCUGUAGUAAAAGAUCAUUCUGGCAAUCUUAUAAUGUCUCCUCUAAGUGUAGAUAUUGUUCUUGCCAUGACUGCUUAUGGAGCUCAAGGAGAAACAGAAAACCAGUUUAGAAAUUUACUUCAUCUUCCAUCUUCAGACAAUCUUGCCAAGUCUGGUUAUCAAACACUUAUUGAUAAUCUUAAUGAUGUUAAAGAAAAUAAACUGCUUCUUGCAAAUAAAGUUUUCGUAGGUAAAAAUUUUGGUAUCAAACCAAUUUUUAAAGAUUUGACAAAAGAUUACUUCCGUUCUGCUACUCAAGUAAUAAACUUUGCCAAGUCCAUGGAAGCAGCAAAUAUUAUUAAUACAUGGGUUGAACAAAAUACAAAUAAUCUCAUUAAAGAUCUUAUAACUGUUGAUGAUCUGAAUGAAAUGACAACAUUAGUACUUGUUAAUGCAGUUUAUUUUAAAGGCCAAUGGAAGAAUAAAUUCAAUCCUGAUUAUACUAAGGAUAUGCCAUUUCAUGUUAAUAAGGAUACAAUAAAAAAUGUUCCUACCAUGUAUAAACAAGGCAAAUAUAAAUAUGGUGAACUUUCUAAUUUAAAUGCUAAAUUUAUUGUAAUACCUUAUAAGGGUGAUGAAUUAAAUAUGAUCAUAAUUCUUCCAAAUGAAAUUGAUGGUUUAUCUGAAGUUGAAAAAAAAUUACAAAAUAUAAGAUUAUCCGAUAUUCUAAAUCAAGGAUAUGAACAAGAAAUACAAUUAUAUUUACCAAAAUUCAAAGUAGAAAGUGAAAUACAUUUUAAUAGUAUUUUACAAAAGAUGGGAUUAAUUGAUGCAUUUACUUCACAUGCUAAUUUUUCUGGAAUUAGUGAUGAAAAUAUACAAAUUAAUAAAGUUAUACAAAAAGCAUAUAUUGAAGUAAAUGAAGAAGGUAGCGAAGCUGCUGCUGCUACUGAAUACCAGAUUGAACUCUUCGUGUAUCCUUCCUUAGAAGAAUUUCGAGUAAAUGGACCAUUUCUUUAUGCAAUCACUUCAGGAAAUGACAACAUAAUUCUCUUCAAAGGCCAAAUCAUUAAUUCUGAGGCAGUCGUCUGAUUUCCAUAAUUAUAUUCAUAUUUUUUUAUUUCAUUUCAAUUAAUUGAUUUCUUUAAUUCUUUCAAAAAUUGUUUAUAUUAUAAAUUAAUAUUAUCAAUUUUUUUCAUUCUUUUUCUUUCUUUAUAUUCAUUUUAAUAUAAUCAAUUUUUUUACAUAAAUUAUUAUUUUAAUUAUAUGAUAAUAUUAUUUAAUAUAUUUAAUAUUAUAUUUUUAUAUUGAUAAUAUUACUUCAUAUAAUAAUGAUAAUAUAAUAUACUAAUGCCUUAUAUCCCGAUAUUUGCCAUGCAAAUUAACCAGUUUUGUAUUUAACUUAUGGAUAUGAUAUAAGGCAUUUCUGUGUAUAAUAAUUAUCCAAUUCUUUUCUUAUUUAUUAUUAAUUCGUAUUUUUUGAUUAAACGAAUAAUUCACAAUUAAUUGCUUGUGACAGGUCUGAGUGUAAGGCCUCUUUCAAGUUUUUGGUCACCGCCGAAGCCCAUUGAGUUCUACGUCAAUCGACCAUUUUUAUCAAUUAUUAAAUAUAACUAUACAAUUUUGUUCUUAGUGAAUGUUGUGUGGUAGAAUUUUUUUCACCUUCAAAAUUAAGGACAUAAUCAAUUCAUAAUCGAUUUUACAUAAUACAUUGAAAUGAUUCUAAGCUUUUUUAUUUUUUACAACAUAAAAAAUUGAAUUAAAAAUCAAUAGCAAA